AUGCCGGGAGCCGUAGGAAGUACAUGGAAAAGGCUUCGUGAAAUCACCUACUUUUUCUGUGGAAUUGAGGAUAAAUGUGCGCACGUCGGAGUAUAUGCCAGUCGUCCAGCCAGGAUACGACAAGGAGGCACAAUGUGGGAAGCGAUGAACGAUAUGCGAAUAGGCGAUUUGAAUAUUUCUAAUGAUUAUGUACCUGCUGACUCACCCUCCGCGGGGUAUGACACGGGUGGGCCCACUUCGAUAGGUAAAAUCUUCAUGAUUAUAUAUGUCCUUGGAGCAAUCCGUAGUAGUGAUAACAAUAUGCGUGCUUUUCAUCAUUUACAGAUUCUCCACGAUGAGGAAGUGGAGAACCAGUUACACCAUCUCAUUCCACAGAUGGAAUCCUGGUUACUCGGUGCUAUUCCAUUCAGCGGUAACCAGACCGAGCUCGGCGUCGCAUUUCCCGUUGCUGAAAACGUCGAUGCUGCGUUGGCUCCCAUUCGAAAACUGAUAUAUAAAGGUGCAGCCGAGUAUGCACUUCUUCGCACCGGACGGACCACAAACACACCAAUGAACUUGUCCCACGCAGUUUAUACCGUCCUCCACGUCGACGGCAGACCGCAAAUCGGAGGCAUACCUCUGAAUCUCGCAAAGUCGAUUUGGAUCGAUCGGCCUGUUGUUGUUGAUGCCGGAUUUAUUUUCAUGGUUAGCAAGCCGGCCGAGAUCCUUGUUGGAAAAAGCAACACAACUUGAGGUUGUGCUCACCUUAUACUUAAAUCGUCCAUUGUUCUGGGUAAUUUGACAUUCCAGUUGUCACAUCUGGGUUCAAAAUGUCUUCUCCGGUCUCAGGCAUGUUGCUGAGUGGAAAUCGAUCGAUCAACGUUGGGGCAUGGUAUUGGACUAGGUUAUCUUAAUUCGCAGUUAGCGAACCCCAUGCUAUUCGAAAUUGAUGGCAUACCGGAAAAUAAAUUAUCCUGGGAAAGCAUUGCAUCUGAGUUAAAGCCAUCUAGCUGGCCAUCUGCUUUGAGUUCCUGUUAAUAAUAAUUCUGGAUUGCAUAGAAUCAUCUCUUACAGAUAGGACCAGUUCCAGAACUCAUAUCUGGAUUACCACAUGUUUCAUUUU